AUGGCAACGCUACCCCUCCGGCUGGCCAGAGCGGCCCUGGGGCGCGCGCGCCCCCUGGCGGCGGGGAGGAGUCACCUCCCCGCCCCCCGUGACGACAUUUCCGGGUGCGGACGUGGCGCGGCGCCGCCAUCUUGCGGGGCCGCCCGGGGACCGGACGGACCGAGCGCUGCUCCCGCUGCCGCCGCCGCCGCCGCCAUGGUGCUGUUGGCAGCCGCCGUAUGCACGAAGGCGGGGAAGGCCAUCGUGUCCCGGCAGUUCGUGGAGAUGACCCGCACCCGCAUCGAGGGGCUGCUGGCGGCGUUCCCAAAGCUGAUGAACACGGGGAAGCAGCACACGUUCGUGGAGACGGAGAGCGUGCGGUACGUCUACCAGCCCAUGGAGAAGCUCUACAUGGUGCUGAUCACGACCAAGAACAGCAACAUCCUGGAAGACCUGGAAACACUCCGGCUGUUCUCUAGAGUGAUCCCUGAAUACUGUCGAGCUCUGGAGGAGAAUGAGAUCUCUGAACACUGCUUUGACCUGAUCUUUGCAUUUGAUGAAAUCGUCGCCCUGGGCUACCGCGAGAAUGUAAAUCUGGCGCAAAUUCGGACCUUCACUGAGAUGGACUCGCAUGAGGAAAAGGUGUUCCGGGCAGUCCGAGAGACGCAGGAACGCGAAGCAAAAGCUGAGAUGCGCCGUAAAGCAAAGGAGCUGCAGCAGGCCAGGAGGGAUGCAGAGAGACACGGCAAGAAGGCACCCGGGUUUGGGGGCUUCGGCAGCUCGGCCGUGUCUGGGGGCACGACGGCAGCAAUGAUCACAGAGACCAUCAUUGAGACAGAGAAGCCCAAAGUGGCACCAGCACCAGCCAGACCUUCAGGUCCCAGUAAAGCCUUGAAGCUCGGCGCUAAGGGGAAGGAGGUGGACAACUUUGUGGACAAGCUGAAAUCAGAAGGAGAAAAUAUCAUGACUUCUGUAGGCAAGCGCUCUGCGGAAGCAGCCAAAGUUCUCGCUCCUCCUGUUAACAUGGAGAGUGUGCACAUGAAAAUAGAGGAGAAAAUCUCCUUGACUUGUGGCCGUGAUGGAGGGUUGCAGAACAUGGAGCUGCAUGGCAUGAUCAUGCUGCACAUCUCCGAUGAAAAGUUUGCACGGAUUCGCCUGCAUGUAGAAAACGAAGACAAGAGGGGAGUGCAGCUGCAGACUCACCCAAACGUGGACAAGAAGCUCUUCACUACAGAGUCACAGAUUGGUUUGAAGAACCCAGAGAAGUCAUUCCCUAUUAACAGUGACGUGGGUGUGCUGAAGUGGAGGUUGCAGACCACGGAAGAGUCUUUCAUUCCAUUGACGAUUAACUGCUGGCCCUCAGAGAGCGGGAACAGUUGUGAUGUCAACAUUGAAUAUGAGUUGCAAGAGGAGAGCCUAGAGCUGAACGAUGUGAUCAUCACCAUCCCCUUGCCGUCUGGUGUCGGCACCCCAGUGAUUGGGGAGAUUGAUGGCGAGUAUCGCCACGACAGCCGGAGAAACCUCCUCGAGUGGUGCCUGCCAGUGAUAGAUGCCAAAAACAAGAGUGGCAGCCUGGAGUUCAGCAUAGCGGGGCAGCCAAACGACUUCUUCCCGGUGCAAGUCACCUUCGUUUCCAAAAAGAACUAUUGCAACAUACAGGUUACCAAAGUGACCCAGGUAGACGGGAACAGCCCUGUAAGGUUUUCCACUGAAACCACCUUCCUGGUGGACAAGUACGAAAUCCUGUAAUGCUAGACGUGGGGAAGCGCAAAGGAAGAAAUUUUUUAAAUUAAAACAAAAAAAAGAGACCGACGUUUAUUCUGAAUGUUGGGAACGCCGCAGCCCCCUCUGCUAGGACAUGUGGCUCCGUCUGCCAUCUGCAGCAUUCCUGGGCCACAGACAUUUUUGGAAGAGAAUUGACGUGCUCGUGGGGGGAAAGGCCACAAAUUUCUUUGGCAGAUUUUUACCGGCCGGCAGAAAAGCAAGAUCUCCGCAGAGAGCCUGACUUUGAUGUGUUCCCUCCUCCCCUGGCGACGCCCGGAGCUCAGCCCCAGAGCCGACCAGACAUCGUUCCCUACCCUCCCAAAGCGUCACAUGCUGUUCCGUUGUUGGUGCUUACAUUUUGAUUUCUCCUCGUCCUCCAGCUCUCGUUUCCAUUGAGGAAAGCAGGCACUGAGAGAACGUGUGUGGGGCUGCUGAGCAAGUUGCCCUUGGCCUCAGAGGUGGGGAGAUCGUAGCAGGGGCACAGGGUGGGUAAGAGGGACCAGGGGCUUUGGUCCUUUUGCCCCACAAGGUUACUGCCGUUCCUUGAGCCCUGCUGUGCUGCGAUGGCUCAGCUCCAGGUGCUCUGGCUCCUGCUGCAGGGGGAGAGCUUCCAUAGGGGACUGUGUCCUCGCUGUCUGCCACAGCUGCUCUUGGGCCAGGCUUUGGAGGAGGUUUAGUUAGGUUAGAACCAGCUGCGUGUCCUUUGCAAGGCCCUUUUGGUAUCUGGGGAGGCAGAAUGCUUUUCCUGCCUGGGUAAAAGGAGCUGAACCCGGGUAACUCUGCCUGCUGGUCAGAACAUGUCCCAAAACAGUGUUUGUUCAGCGCUGGCAGGUGGGGGAGAAGGAAACGCUGUUUUCCAGGAAACAUGGGGGCUGAUCUGAGCUGUUCCUCUCCCCACUGCCUCACCAGCAUUAUUUGCCUCAUCUCACAGACCUGUGCUCCCCUCACAACUCAUCUCACCUGUGUGGCUGGAGCCUGUCACAAGUGUCACCUGCCCCCGGGCACACCUCACCUCUGGCCGGAGGGCCUGAGUGUGUGUGUGGAAGGCAAAGGCCCUAGAAGUGCAUGUACUGUGCUCUGUGAGAGACAGCCAGCCUGUCAUGGGCCCCUGGGGUCCUCUGCCAAAGAAGUCCGUGGUCUCUCCUCUGCUGGCAGCACCUGAGAGAGAAAUCAACCCUGGUCCUGUCCUGGGAGGGCAAACCCUCCUCCCUAGCAAAGUAGGCAAUGAAUCCCAGUAACCUGGUCCUGUUCCAGAGCUGCUUGUCUGUAUGAUUUUUAAAAUGGAGUCGAGGCUAGUUCAAGCAUCCAAGGAGCUUUUUUUUUUUUCUUACAUUCGUUGGAGGGUGAUAUUUAAACCGAGCUGAGAUCUCCCCUUUUUGUAACCCCAUAUGAUCCUGGCCUAGGGAAUAGAGCACAUUCCAGUGUACACAGAGAAUACUGAGUCUAAUCAAAUAAAGUACUGUCAAAGGA